AUGGAUACACUCUCGACACUCACCCAAACAUGGCUCCAAUGGGACCAGGACCCUACAACCCGUGCGGAAAUAGAGCAGCUACGGGACUCUAAUGCCACUGAAGAACUGAAAAAGCGAUUGCGGGAUCGCAUCGAAUUCGGCACAGCGGGUCUGCGAGGCCGCAUGGCAGCAGGGUUCUCCUGCAUGAACUCUUUGAUAGUCAUACAAGCCUCGCAAGGCCUAGCCAGGUUUAUCCGUGAUCAACGUUCUGAUAUCGCCUCGCAUGGUGUAGUCAUUGGCCAUGAUGCGCGUCACAACUCUAAGAAGUUUGCCACACUCGCUGCCAACGCUUUCAUUGCGCAGAAGAUUCCCGUCUUUCUGUUUGAUCAGGAAGCACCAACACCACUGGUGCCGUUUGGUGUGAACCAUUUCCAUGCCGCUGCGGGUAUCAUGGUGACGGCAAGCCACAGCGUGUUUAAGAACCCAGCUCAAGACAAUGGUUACAAAGUGUACUCGAGCAAUGGUGCGCAGAUCAAUCGACCUGAAGAUGGAGAGAUUGCAAAGUCAAUUAAGGAUAAUCUGGAACCCUGGCCAACAGCAUGGGUGCCCUUGCAACCCGGCGAAUACUUGCGCGCGGAUUCCUACCAAAAGCUCCUUCCCCACUACAAAGAGCAGGUUGGGAAGUUUAUGAGAUCCACGGUGGUAAACUGGGAACCCCCAAAGCCAUUUGUUUAUACACCCCUUCACGGAGUUGGAGGUCUGGUCCUUCCGGAGUUGUGCUACUCGCUCGGGAUCGACAACCUCGUGCCUGUUGAAGCCCAAGAGAAGCCAGAUCCAGAUUUUCCCACUGUGAAGUUCCCCAAUCCCGAGGAGAGUGGUGCCUUGGACCUUUCUAUUGAGACUGCUGAUAAACAAGGAAAGACCUUGAUCAUUGCAAAUGAUCCGGACGCAGACCGAUUUGCUGUAGCGGAAAAAGUAGAUGGGAAAUGGCAAUUAUUGACCGGAAAUCAUGUUGGCGUCCUAUUCGCAUCUCAUAUCCUGGAUUCCUAUGAUGCCGACAAAGACUGGUCUCAUAUAUCUGUCUUGACUACAACAGUUUCGAGCGGGAUGCUGGCCAAGAUGGCAGCCGCAAAAGGUGUUCACUUCAAAGAGACCCUAACAGGCUUCAAAUGGAUGGCAAAUGUAGCCCGGGAUCUUGAGAAGGAAGGAAAAACCGUUUCAUUUGCGUACGAGGAAGCACUGGGAUAUAUGUUCCCAUCUGUCUGCUAUGACAAGGAUGGAAUUACAGCAGCCACAGUAUUCCUUGCCGCAGAGGCAAAAUGGAGAUCACAGGGAUUGACUGUGUAUGCCAAGCUUCAGCAACUCUUUGCAGAGUUUGGCCACCAUGAGACGUUGAACAACUAUUUCCGAUCUCCUGACCCGAAGCUCACUUCAACAUUAUUCCAAGGAAUUCGAGGGAGCUCUUGUCUUGCAAACAUGAAGUUUGGCCGUUUCAGGAUCUUGCGAUGGAGAGAUCUGACGGAAGGCUACGACUCUGGCACCCCUGAUAACAAGCCAGACUUGCCUGAAGAUCCAACCAGCCAGAUGCUGACUCUGUGGCUCGAGGGCGGUGUUCGCUUCACAUUCCGAGGCUCGGGCACAGAGCCAAAGGUCAAGUUCUACAUUGAAAGCUGUGGAGAUUCUCGCGAAGCUGCCGUAAAGGUAGUUUGCGAUACGUUCCUUGCCAUUCGAGAAGAAUGGGUUGAACGUUUCACGCCUUCGAUGUCAUCCAGCAAGCAACUCCCCACAUCAUCUGGCCAUGUCCUCACUGUAGAGUGA